AUGAUUUUAUGUCGGUCGUUGACUUCGGAUUAUGCAUCCCAUGCUGACACUGCUGAAGAGGAUGGCACGAGUAAUGACGCUGAUGAGUUGGAUGAAGAUGAAGAUUAUGAUCAAGACGUUGACGAUGAGCAGGUGUUUGAGGAGGAUAGCAAAGGGGCAGUGCUUAGGGAUAAUCUUGCUAAUUUGCAAACUGAGAUCAAUAUCAAAGAGAGGUAAGG